AUUAAAUAGUUUCAGAAUUUCAAUAAUGGGAGAACCAGUUGCUACAAGUGUUAGGGAACCUGAAGUGGUCUCAGUUUAUGUCAAUUCUGGUCGAAAUCUGCGGGGCUCAAGAGGCGAAGUUUUAACAGCUGCUGUGAAAGCUGAAUUUAAUGGUGUCACACUGGGAGAAUCAGCGCGAGUAGAGUGCGGAGAAAGCGAUGCCGUUGAUUUCGAUUUCUCAGCUACGUACAAUUGCAAUUUCGAGGAUGCAAAUUUAUUGGACGAGCUGGCCUAUAAGCCAAUUAUCGUCACAUUGAUCGAAAUCCUCCCGAAAGAAAAAAAGCAACGAGAAGAAAAAACAAUGAUAUUGGGUCAAGCAAGUGUUGACAUCAUGCCAUUACUCAUCCAGGGCGUUACUUCUCAUCGACAGACUGUACAAGUACAUGCAUCGCCGGGAUCAGCUAUCGAAAACUUGAGUCCCGAAAUUCCAAAGUUGGAAUUGGAUGUAACAUUAAGCGUGACCCAGCCGCUAGUAACGGAAGCUGAGAGUAACGUAAUGGCCAUAACAGUUGAGAACCUUUAUUCUCCACCCGAUUCGUGGAAUCCGGCUCACCAACAGUACACGUAUUCAAUUACUACGCCUAUUCCGUACGCUGGAGUUGGAGCUACAGCGGAUGAAGUGAAAGACAACAUGGUGAGCUUUCCUGCAGGAGUAAUCAAAACUGCACAUGACAAGGAGCCAAUGCCUAGAGCGAAGAAGUGGUUAAACCCUGGUCCAAACACGCUAGGAAAUGCCAUUUACAUUCCCGGCAAGCUAGCCCCGGAGCCAGCAGCUGCUGUUGAGGAUUAUGAACAUGAAGACGGAGAACUAAAGGAUAAAACAGAAGCGGAGUGGAGAUUGGAGGCGGAGUCUAACAAGAAUAAAGUUGUGUGGAAUACAGAGAGAAGAUGCUUCUUGCAACCAGUCGCUGUAUCCAAAGUGCAGACUCAAAUUGCUACAUCCCGCUACUGGCCUUUUGAGCUCUGGAGAGUGCAACAGUCGAAGGAACCCAAAACAAAGAAGGCAUCGAAAUCAUUGAAUCGGUCAGCAGGGAGACCGAGCGGAAGCGCCACUCGCGCCAGUAGGGAAGACGAAGUCCAGCAAUCUUUCCAUGGCAUUGUUUAUGUCAACACUGCCAAAUUGCUCUACCCAGGAAUCAAGAAAAUCAGAGGCGCGUUCAAGGUUCACCCGUACAACGAAGCCGAGUAUUUUGAAAAGACUAAAAGGGCGUCUAGACUGGAAGCUAGACCGGGAAGUGGCAGGCAGUCGCCGGGAAACGCUGGCGCUGCGGAGGGUGGCAAACGGGACGCUAUGGCCGGAGGAGCGAAAGGAGAUAAGCCGACAACUGGAACCAAGGACGGCCCCAAUCCUCCCGGAACUCAGGAGAAACAGAAGAAAGAAGGGACCAAAUCGAAGCAAAGGGCGGAUAAGCAAUCGAACGAGAGGUUGGCUAACACCGACCGAACCAGUGGAGCCCAAUUGGCUCACGGCCACCAUGCCCAACAACAGGCAUCCCAGGGUGCAAAAGACGAGGACCAUGAUGGAGUUGAUCUCGAGGCUCAGCAAUAUCAAGAAGCAGGAUCUUAUGUUGUGGUUGAAAUUGAGCUUGUCAAGCCUCUUGUGCCUAAGAAAGACCCGAACUUCUUGGUUCAAAGUGUUGCUCAAUACAUACCGCCCAGGCCGCGAUUUCCUUUGAGGACUAAUGGAGCCGACAAGGCGGUGGAUGAUUUCCACUCGCAAGUGGUGAAUGUGGUCAACUUAAUUCUGGAGCAGUACAGUGAACUGUUCGCCGAGGAGAUUAGCAAUGGCAGGAGAGAACAGACUGCUGAAGGCAUGAAGAAAAGGUAUCAAACGCUUAUUUACGAGCUGAACACUUCUGGGAAGUAUUUUGCAUUCCGAGAGCAACUCAAAUACUCUGUGAUCAAGAUUGUGCGAGAGAAGUAUUUGAGAACCACCAACUUUGACUCACAAGCUGAACUGCAGAAGUUCCUGAGUGAGCUGUACGUGUUUCUGAUCGAUGAGAUGCAUAAGGGACUGGCCAAAGUGUUGAGUUUGGAGGACCAGACGCCAGUGCCGGAGCCUCUGACAGAUGCAGACCAGCUGAAGCACUUUGCGAGAGAGAGCGAGAUGAACAGCAACAUGCAACUGGCCGACCAGUUCUACCUAGAGAGAAUUUCUAGGAACAAGAAGGAGCCUUCUUAUUGGUUCGACUACGCCUGUUUCAAUCUACUCAACGGAGACAUCACCAAAGCAGUGGAGUGCACCAAGGAGUGUGUGGCCAUUGACCAGAAAAACCUCAAAGGAUUGUUGCUGUAUGGCAUUUUGAUGUUGGUGGAUGAGAAAUAUGAACCAGCUGAGAUCUUUCUGGAGGCGGCUACCAACUUCUAUUCAGACUGUGUGGAAGCAUGGACUGUGCUGGCACUCUACUAUGACGCCAUAGGCAACGACAUAGGCCACGAAAUGGCCAUAGAACAAGCAGUCAAGGUCAAUAUGCAGUUGGCAGCUGAUGAGCACAUGAAGCAGAUGGAGAUUGAGAGAGCGGAACAAGUGGCACGGGAGAUGGCCGAGGCAGCCGCUGCUCAUGCAGAAUCACCCAACGAUCUGACUACUCCUGAUGGCGCGGCAGAAGUGGCCCUCGAGGACCAAAACCAGACAAGUUCGGACGUCCAGAAGUCAGCCUCUGGAGCUGCACAGCCUGACGAUGCGGAAGCAGUUGAUCUGAAUGCCAGUGCGGCGAACAGGUCUACAUCUUCGGCACUGAACAACACGGCAGCUGGUGCUUCUAAUUCCUCCGCUAAUGCGGCGAAGAGGUCGAGCGUGAAUAGUGGAGCAAAAGUGACUGCAACCAGUCCAAACCCGACGAGUAAAGAUGGAAAGAAGAAAGGAAAGGACGCUUCGAGGAACCAGACUCCGGCGGCAGCGGGGACUGGCAAGGCAGCAGACCAGACAGCGGAUGAGGGCAUGGGGGAGGAUGAGGGUGAGGAGGACUGGGAACCACAGCCGCAGCAGAGCAUCUACAUGAUCACAGCACAGUUCCUGCUCGACAUCAACGCACUCAAGUUGGCGGAUCGUGCUCUUAGCCAUGAGCUGACCAGUGGUACUCAUGGAGGGGGAGGGGCAUCGCUCCAGUAUCAUCUGAGUCUAGCCAGACUCAACCUCCAGAUGGGCAAUUUGAGACAGGCUGAGAAGUCGGCCAGACAAGCCAUAUCCAUUGACUUCAAGAGUGGCGAGGCGUGGUCCUUGGACGGUCACGUGCACUUUGUGCGAGGAGAGAGUGAGGAGGCGAGAGUGUCUUACGAGAGAGUGCUCUCCUUCUCCCCUCCCUCCCCCCACAUGCACUCCAUAUACCUCCGACUGGCAUCCAUCUACCUCAAGGAGGGCAGGUUUGAGGACGCCAAGUGUACUUACCUGCUGGCCUGUCGGGACUCGCCCUCUUGCACUGCGUGGCAUGGAGUGGGCGUGGCCUGCUACAGACUGGGUACUCUUCCAGAGGCUGAGGACGCUCUAUGUGAGGCUAAUAUCUUGAAUAACAGAGACCCAGAAGUGUGGGCUUAUUUGACUCUGGUCUGUCUGCAAACUGGAAGGAGCUUCGAAGCGGAACAGUCGUACAAAUACGCACUUAAGGUGGGAUUGAACAACGACUCUUUGCUGAAAGAAAUUCACGAUCUUCAGAAACAAGUCGGAUUCGGGGACCCAUCCUUCUAGAAAGUUCUGUCCUUACCAUCCUCGCAACACUUAUGUUCUUUGAACUCGAAUUAAAAUCUAUCUAUCCUACAAAAUAGAUUUAUUGUAAAAAACAUAUGUACAAAAUGUAAACUGUAUGUGUAAAUAUUGAUGUAAAUAAAUCCCAAAUUCUUGGAUUUCGAUCUAACUCAAAUCUCUUCAAAUCAA